AAAAAAAUUAAAAUGUUAAAGUAUACGGUGAAGAAAUAUUGUUCUGAAGGGAGCAGGAUUAAUCAAGUGAUUAUGGCUUCUUUAAUGGUCCUCCCCGUAUUCUCGUACGGCAUGGCGGUCGGCUGGCUGUCCCCGAUGGGUCCGCGUCUCAUCAACGACCCGAGCCUGUCCGCGUCCGUGUCCACAGACGUGGUGUCGUGGAUGGCGUCCGUCGUGUACCUGGUGGGCACGCCAUCCGUGUUCCUCUUCGGAUAUAUCGUGGAUAACUAUGGGAGGAAGAGGGCGCUCAUGUUCACUUCUUUCUCUAUGGCUGCAUGUUGGGGUCUGAAACUCUACUCCACAUCUACAUGGGCCCUCAUCACCGCGCGAGCUAUUAUAGGCCUGGGCGUCAGUGGCUCCUACGUGGUCACCCCACUCUACAUCAAGGAAAUCAGCGAAGACUCCAUCCGGGGGACCCUCGGAAGCCUGGUCGUGCUCAGUCAGAACCUGGGCAACCUGCUGGUGUACAUCAUGGGGGAAUAUUUGAGUUACCACGCGGUCCUGUGGAUCUGCCUGGCGGUGCCGCUGGUGCACUUGUUGGUGUUUGCCACGAUGCCAGAAACUCCAUCGUAUUUGCUAAAGUGUGGGAAGGUUGAGGAAGCUAGAGAAGCCCUGGGAUGGUUGCGCUGUCGCCAGAGCCCAGAGGCGGUGGACAGCGAGCUGAAGAUGCUCCUCAUAGAACUAGAGCAGAACAAGACCAACCAGUUCAGAUAUGCCAUCAAAACUCUUGCAUCAGACCGCAUCGCCUUCCGCGCCUUCCGCAUAGUCCUCACCAUAACCCUGGCCAGAGAACUCUGUGGGUGCCUGGCCGUCCUCCACUUCGCCUCUAAGAUCUUCAGCGAGGCCAACCACAGCGGCAGCUGGGUGCUGACCGCCAACCAGCAGGCGGCGGUGCUGGGCGCCGUGCAGCUGUUCGGCUCCGUCACUGCUUCCACCUUGGUGGAGAGGACUGGAAGGAAGCCGCUCUUGGGCGUGACAUGUUUCGUCUCCGGCGUGGCCAUGUGUCUCCUGGGCGCCUGGUUCGCCACGGGCGGCGGCGGCUGGCUGCCCGUGGCGGCGCUGUGUCUCUGCAUCUACUGCGACGCGGCCGGGCUGCAGCCUGUGCCGUUCGUGGUGAUGACAGAGAUGUUCUCCUUCCAACUCCGCGGCACCGUUACAUCCCUAGUCAUAGCCUUCGCCUGCGCUCUCGUCUCGAUCGAACUUCGCUUCUUCCACCCCCUCUCCGAGCUGGCAGGUCUCCACACAGUCUUCUUCCUAUUCGCCGGCGUUUGCCUCGUCAGCACCGUCUACAUCGUCAUCUGCGUGCCAGAGACAAAGAUGAAGACCAUCGACGAGAUCUACGCUAGGAUUGGCGGGAAAAUUCAAGAUGGCCGAAAGCAAGAUGGCGCGAAGCGGGGAUGCGAAGCGCCUGACGUAACGCGGUUGUAGGUUAAGUUUUUUUUCUCAAAAAUGGACGGCAAAGUCGACUUUGCCGUCUAAAACAUAAGUCGCGAAGCGCUUAGUUUAUGGUCAGUCAAAAAUUAAAAAGUUAAAAACAUUGCAGUCUCGAUUUUGGGACUGCAAUGUUGCAUACAAAUCCCAUUAUUUGUCGAGUUCCAAACUUUUUAAAAGUUGAAAUGGCCAUAUCAAUUGAAGGCACAGGCCCAUUAAACAGCCAAACAGAUGAUUAGUACCGCGACUAUUUAGUUGUCUCAAAUAGGUUGGCGUAUUUUCGGCAGAAAAAUACACUUCUAUUUUUUUAUUAAAAAAACAAAAAGGCGGCAAGGGCUUUCUUCUGUGAAAAUAUAUAUGUAACAACGUUGCUUUUGUAAAAUAUUUCUAUGAUAUUUAUAUUUCUUGCACCAUUUUUGAGAAAAGCACUAUAUAUGACUCGGCUGGAAGGCUACUUGCUGGCUUCGGAUUCAAUUAAACGGACUCCCAAGGUCGUCCGUUUAAAACGAAUCCUCAGCCUGCAAGUAGCUACUUCCGAGCCUCGACAAUAAUGUACUAUUUUUUAGGUUUAGGUUUUUUUUUUAGGUUUUAGGUUAUUAUUUAUUGUUGGUUUAGAUAAGUAGUUGUGGACUUUGGUAAUUAAAUUACCGAAAUAUAUAUCUGUAGUGAAUGAGAUGUGAUUUCAGUUUGUAGUCGAGUGAAAGAAGAGUUGUAUAAUAUGAGAUGUAAAAUCAAUCAAAAACAACCUAUACGGUAAUUAUUUUCAGUAUUCAGCCACAGUAAAGCAGAGACGCUUUCCAGAUAGAUUUUCGUACAUUGACCCGCCUCUUGCUAUCUCUUUAAAUUAUAUUGCUGUCCCGCCCAUGAUGCCGGUUGUCAAUGUCACUGUGCGAGCUUGACAGCAAUGUAAUUAUGCUCGUGCAAUAGAGAUAGCUACAGGAGGGUCAAUGUACGAAAAUCUAUCUGGAAAGUGUCUUCUU